UAUAAAAAAAGUCACCUUUUGUCUUUCUUUAGUGAAAUGCUUUAAUAAUGGUAAUUUUCUCUUUUGACCUGUGAUGGAUAGGAGGUUAAUUGAUGUUAAAUGGAUGCUUUGUUAAUCCUUCAUCAGCUACUAAAUUGGUACAGGGGAACAGGUCAAGACUACACAAGGCCAUGACCAGCUUGUUUUCUCAGAGGUUUAUGGUUCCACCCCUCCCCCGCUCCUUCAAACCACACACCAUUCCAGCAGUACAUAGAGGAGACUCUCCUUUGUCCCCCUCCCCCUCCUCUUCCUCCCAUCCCCUUAUCCCUUCCUCCCUCCCUUUCUACCUUUCUGCUUCUGCCGAGUGACAGCUUGUAGAUGUUGCGUGCGAGGCAGUUCAGCUGGCGCUGUGUGGUCUGAGUGUGUGGUCUCCAUCUCAGCCGAGAGGUUGCUAACAGGGUGGAUGAGAGAGAGCAAUACUGUUUACUUUAAUUUAUUUCGGAUGCCGGAAUUGUGCCCAGGGUUUCUUCUAAGCUUGAUUCCACAGCUAGCAGCUUCAAUCCCUCACAGCUGUGGUGCAGUCUGAACUCUAGGCUGGCCUCUCCCGACAGGCACUUUCCAUAGCAUCUGCCUGUUUAAUCCCUUGUGGUUCAGAAAUGUUAAUGGCACUGCUGAGUGCUGUGAUUAUUUUGCUUUCACUAUGUCAAGAUAUAUGGCCUUGCAGAAAUUUCUUUUGAGAUAGAACUAGAGAAAUAAAGCAGAAAUUGUAAGAUAAGUGACAAAGUUUUGAUGUAUUUUUAGAAAUUGUGAAAGCUAUUAUACAGAAUUUGGAUCAAAUUAAUCCAACUGUGCUCAUGUAAAAGAAUCUUGGAAUUAGGUGACAUCUGUCAUUUUGAACAAUUUAAAUGAAAUUAACCAAUUUAAGCUGACAGCUGAUUUCUUGACCUUUUUGGAAAAUCCACAUUGAUUUUGGCAUGCCCGUUUACUGUAGUUAUUAUAUUUGUCAGCAGUGAUAUUGGUUUACUUCAUCAUAAAGAUUUGGCAAGUUGAGACAAAUGAACUUUGUUUUUAUGUCAUAAUAUAAAUUUAGGACAGAAUCUUUUUUUUAAAAAAAUUCUUUCAUUAUGAAUAGCUUAGUAAUAUUUUCAUGAUUUUCUUCCUUUCUCAUUCCUGAACAUUUUCGUUGAGAUUGUCAAAUAUUUUGUUAUUUGAAUAAACAUCGUUAGACUUUUAAUAUCAGUUGGGAUUUGCCACUGUUUAGCUUCUUCACUUCUUUUUCUUCCAGGGUAGUCUUGCUGGAGUUGUGUUAUUGAUGCCUUGUCCAGAGAGUGCUAGAAAAUCUGGGCUACUAACAUCUUGAUCUUCCAAAGGAGUCAAUAUAUAUAUAACUAGUACUUCUGCUGCUUUUAUUGUUUUGUUUUGUUAUCUUUAGUCCUAAAUUUCAAACAUGAACUCAGUUCCAUCUAGGAGAGGGUAAAGCCUUCUCUGUCUUUGCCUUUCUUAGUAUUGGCCGAGAUUUUCCUUUGUUUUAUCUGACUUGGAAUUUAGUAGUGUUGAAUACUUUUUUUUUUUAAUGCUAUCAUCUCAUAUUUCUUUUUUUUUUUUAAAUUGAGGGGGUUGUAUCUUUGGUGGUAACAAUGUUAAUCUAAUGCUCACAAGAAUUUUGAAACACUGUAUAUCCACAAAAUUAUGCAGCUAUCAUCUCUGUCUUAAUUUCAGGACAUUUCAUUACUCCCACAGAAAACCCUGAACUCAUUAUCGAUCCUUUUAUAUUCAUCCUCCCUCCAGACAACCCUGAUCUACUUUUUGUGUCUAUGAUUUUAUUUAUUCUGAACUUUCAUUUAAGUGGAAUUAUAAAAUAUGUGCCUUUUAUGUCAGUUAUGGCAAAAUGAAGUCAUUACCCUAUGAUAUUUACCUAAGAAGUAAAGAUUCUCUUUCUAUAAACAGAAAAUAUUGAUAAAUGAUGGUUAUAGUUAAAUAAUCAUAAAUAGAAAUGAUUUAUUGUAUUUGCAUUUUGUAUUGUAUUUGUAUUUAUUGUACUUGUAUUUUGGAAACUUGGAAGUGUGAAAUGUUCUAGGCUUUGAUAGAAGUGAUAGAAAUGACAUGCACUUUAGGGGUAGCAUAGUUGGUACCUGUUCCUAGCCUUUUCUGAGUUGACCAAUGUCAGUGCUAAUUGGUUGCAUAAAAUGUGAUGUAGAACUAAACUAAUAAAAUCUGAUUGAGCUGAAUCCCUCUAUUUCUACCUUACCCAUUAUUGGGUUGAAUUCUCCAGGAAUGAAGAAUAAGCCUGAAAAGGAUCAGGCUUUUGCUUAUUGGGAACUUAACUGUUUUCCAGGGCAACUGAUUCUCAUGGAAAUGUAGAGAAACUGUAGAACCACAGCAGAUGGACAGCAUUGUAAAUGAUAACAUUUUCAAGUACAUUUCUGUUGAAGACAAAUUUAUCUUCGAAUAAAAAAAAUAAAAACACCCUCUGAACAUUUUAUUAUUUAAAACUGAAAAUCAAGAAUCUUUUUAUAUGUUCUUACCACUGACUUUUCCUCUUUUAUAUAUGGAUGUUUUAAAUUUAAAAAGCAAACUAAACAGUUUUGGCUUAGUUCUUAUAGGGAUAAAGAAUGGUUAAAAAUAAAUCUAUAGAAAGAUUUAUGAAGGGGUAAAAUUAAUUGUAGUUUAAACAUUUAAAAUUUUUCCAUGUUACAAGAAAUACAUAUUGCCUCAAAGAUCUACAACUAUCAAUUAGAAUUUCUGAUUUUUAGGUAAUUUUGUACAGAAGUAUUAAUAGAUUAUUAAUCUUUUCACCUUUUGGACCUUACCAUUAAAGAUCACAUUUGAGCUUGAACCAUUUUCACCCAAAGAUGGUACAUAGAAAAGGGAUUAUUCUGUUCAGAUCUUUGUGGUUAAUUUGGAUUCAUCUAAUUCUUUUCUGUGGCAUGUUCUGUAUUGAGAAUCAAGAGAAGCUGUCAUGGUAUAUUUUAGAAUGUAAUUAGGGUAUUCCCAGUUUCUGUGAUAGUUUUGAUGAUAACUAUUACGGCACAGAUUUAUUGGUUUAAGAAACUGUAUGGGACAUAGUACAGAAUCAAGGAAUAACAUCUGUCCUGAAGGAGAAGAAAUCUAGCUGACAUCCCUUUGAAAGGCCAUAUCUCAUGUUUUCUCAUAGCUGGGCUUUCACAUGGCCUUUGAGGUUUGUAGUUUUGUUAUUGAGGAAUCUAAAGAAGAGUCAAACUAGAGAGUUGAUGUGUUCUGAGAUCUGUGUAGCUCAACCACUAAUUUACUGAGUGUCUGGCCCUGUGCUAGAUGUUAGAGAAGCACACAUAGGAUGAGAGUCCUAGACAUACCCACUGAGGAUGACUUUGUCAAGGAGCUUGACACAGUAAUUCUUUUUGUCACCCACCCACCUGUUUCUUUAAUGUAGGGGAUAUUGUAGUUGUUAUAAUCCCUUUCUUAGAUAAUUAACUUGUAGGAGAAAGGAACAAGUCCAAAAACAAAUAAGCAAGCAAACAAAAAACCAUUAUGAGGCAGAACUGCCAAGAGGAGUCAUCAUGUGGUCAGUGUUCCUAAGGAAGCUGUCUAUUCACUGCCUUAUACCCCCUUCCAGAAGGGCUGCUCCACAUGGUGCUCUGGGAUUAGAAUUUUCUGUGCAGUAUAUAACCUAUCUACAUUUCUAAAAAUUAUAUUCAUUUCUAAAAAUACUAAAAUUUCUAAAAAUUACAUCCGUGCUGUUGACUCAGGGAAAACAGUACUUUUAGAAAUUUAUCUAAACACAUUUUUUCCCUGAUGCCUCUACCCUUUUACAGUCUUAUUGUCUCAAUGUUAGCCCCUUCUUAAUGUUACACAUCCUUCUCAUCCUUUCUCUGUAUUCAUCAGGCAUAUAUAUUUGUAUAAUUUUUUUUUUUUAAAUAGCAUUGGUUGUAUCCUGCUUCUAACACAUCAACUAAUUUUUUUGAGACUAUGGAAAAAAUGAACUUGGGCUGACUACAGAGUCCUUUGUAGACAUACAAAACAAAAUAUUUGUGGAAGAAAUGUGUUUGGAGUUUGCUUUAAAGUACCUUUUCAAAAAUAUGAAAAGGACUUGACGAGAUGGGGUGGUUGAAAUAGACGUAAUGCUAAAAGCUGGUUGAUGUAAACAUGGAAGUUCACUAUGCUAAUCUUUCUUGUUGUUAAGUUUAUGAUUUCCAUAAUAGAAAGUUAAAAAAAAAAAUCACUGGGAAAAUCAGAUCAGAAUAGAACUAGAGCCUGACUUUGAAUUGCAACUCUACUACUUAUUAACUGUGAAUUUGUUUACUUGUUUUUGUUUUGUUUUAUUUUUGAGAUGGCGUCUUGCUGAGUUGUCUAAGCUGGCCCCGAACUCCUGGGCUCAAGACAUCUUGCUGCCUAGCCUCCUCAGUAGCUAAGCUAGAGGUGCAUGCCAUUACAUCUCACUACCAGUUUCUUUCUUUCUUUCUUUCUUUUUUUCCCUUUUAGUUGUAAAUAGACAUAAUAACUAUUGAUUUAUUUUUUUAUGUGUUGCUGAGGAUCAAACCUAGUGCUGCACGCGUGCUAGGCAAGCGCUCUACCACUGAGCCACAACCCCAGCCCCACGCUGUUUCCAAGCUGUGUCCAAGCUGUUUAAGUGAUUAAUAAAAUCACUUACCAUUUUAGAAUAUUUCCUUCCAGAAGCUUCUACCUAUUUCUUUGUGUCUCUAUUGCCUUUCUCUCUCCUCUCCCCUCCCUCCCUCCUCUCUCUCUCUCUCUCUCUCUCUCCCUAUAUUAUCCAACUGUCAACAUUUGUGUCUUUUUUUCCCCCUAAGUUGUUAUAAGUAUUUUUUGGUCUUGCAUAUGUUUUUAAUAACAUUUCACUUACUGCAUUAGUAUUUCCUUGAUUGGACCUUCACAUUUUACCUACUUCAUUUUCUAGUUGUUUUGGAUGCCUCUCACCACUUGUUAUAGAAAAUUUCUAUAUCUGUUGGGAUUCUUCAUGCCUGAUAAUCACCAGGCUUGGGUUAUUUGAAUCAUUGUUCACCUUUCAGGAAUAUGUGUCUUUGAAACAUAUUGGCAAAUUCUUAUUUUUCAGUGUUAGAAUGAUUUGUAACAUAGAAACGCUACAUAGAUUCAGCAGACAGACAUGAUUGUCUUAAAUAUCUUGUGUUAAUAGACAAUAUGGAAUCUCAGUUUUUGUGUGUUUCUCUGAUAUUGAUUUCUUUCACGUUUGCUUAUUCCUUGCCUCUCCUUGAUUGUGAAUUGUCUACCCUGCCUUCUCUGUUUCUUUUCUUUUAGGGCCUUAUAUUUUUAUUGAACUUUGUGAGGUGUCUAUGUCUACUCAUAUUUUGUGAUAUUGAAUAUUUUCUCAAACUUCCUUUUUGCUUUUCAAUUUUGGUUGUCUCUCUUUAAGUAACCUAAAGAAGAUGUGCUUCUCUGUCCUCCUACUCUGAAAGCUGUAAUAUACAUUUACUUUAUGUUUGUCUAGGUCUUUUGGUUUAAUUAAAAUUAUAUUUGACUUUCAAAUAACUAGAAAUUCUUUAAUUCUAUGGAUUUUUGGAGUAAUUUGUGUUAGUCAGCUUUUCAUUGCUGUGACAAAGUACAUGAGGAGAAAAACAAAACAAGAAAAGAUUUAUUUUGGUCCAUAGUUUCAGAGAUUUUAGUCUAUGGUUACAUGGCCCCAUUGUUGAAGGCUUGUGGUGAGGUAGAACAUCAUGGUGAGGAGGAUGUGGUAGAGCAAAACUGCUCACUUUCUAGCAGUCAGGAAGCAGAGCUGGGGGUGGUGGGGAAGGAAGAUGAAAGUGCUGGGAACAAAAUAAACUCUUCAAAGGCAUACCCCCAGGAGUUUCUUUCCUCUAACUCCAAAAGUUUCCAUCACUUCCCAGUAGCACCACCAGCUGGGAACCAAGCCUUCAACACACUGUCUUUUGGGGGGCAUUCCAGAUCCAAACUAUAUCAGCAAGCAAGAAAAUUAUGCUUUUGACUAUAACUGAAACAUUUUGGGGAUUGAGGUUAAUAUACAGAAAAUAAGAUGCUAAGAAAAUAAAGCAUUUGUUUGUUUGGAAUGAAGUUAUACUUAAUUUUGGCUAUACUGUGUCUAAUAGUAAAAAAAAAAAAAGUGUUUCGAAUUUUCCCAUCAUAUGAUGAAAUGCCUUACUGUAGCUUUAAGGUACUUUGCCCAUUUGAUGCAGAGCCCAUAUACCAGAUUCUUUGGAGAUAAUGGUGAUUUCUUAUGGUUGCUAUGUUGGUUCCAGCCUCUUCUGCCCUGCUUCUUAAUCAGGGUAUGUGGCAAGAGUUCCAUGUUUAUUCUUGGCCUAAAAUAUUUUUUGUUUUAAGCCAGAUUAAAACCAUCUUGCUAUAUAGCCGUUCUUAUCCAGCCUUCCAGAAUGAAAGUACAUUUAAUGAUUUAUCUAGUUCCUGAGUGUACUUAUAGUUAGCUUUUGAUACAUGACUAAUACUAGUACUGUAUGAUCUCAGUAUACCUCUGAAGUUAGUUGUUAUUCCUAUUUUCAGAUGAGAAAAUUGAUAAGAGAUUAAAGGGCCCUGAUUAUGUUGUAUAGAUAGGAUUUGAAUUUAUGUCUUCUGACUCCAAAGUAAAUGUUUCUUGCAUCUCUUCAGAACUGAAUAAGUUGGUUUGUGUGGCCAAAGUGGGGUGUUGGUGAUACAAGUGUUCUUUACCUCAUGUAAGCCAUCUGAUUUUGCAGUGAUUAAAAAACUUGGUAGUGUUCUUAAUGCCAGUUAGUAUCUCUCACUUAUGCUUUAUGGUCCCACUGAAGAGCUGAUCAGGGAGGUGGUAACUACACUUCUGAAAAACUUCCUUUGUGGUGCCCUACUUCCUUUUUUUUUUUCUCUCCAGUCCUAGGAAUUGAACUCAAGCUUCAAGCAUGCCAGUGCCAGGCAAAUACUUUACACAUGAAGGACAACAUGAAGAGAGGGUGUGUGUGUGUGUGUGUGUAAGUGUGUGUGUGUUUGUGUUUAUAAGCUCACCUGCUGAAGCCAAAUUGCCAGGUGGGAAUCCUGCUCUGCCAGAAUUAGUAAUGGAAUAAUAGGCAAAGUAUUUAAUGUGCCAUUCUCAUAGAGGAAUUGUGAGGAUUAAAAGUUAUCACAUGGGGCCCGGCGCCAUGGUACAUGCUUGUAAUCCCAGAGGUUUAAGAGGCUGAGACAGGAGGAUUACAAUUUCAAAGCCAGCCUCAGCAAAAAGUGAGACACUAAACAACUCAGUGAGACCCGGUCUCUAAAUAAAAUAUAAAAAAUAGGACUGGGGAUGUGACUCAGCGGUUGAUUGCCCCUGAGUUCAAUCCCUGGUACCCCCCAAAAAAGAUAUCACAUGGUGAGACCAUAGAAACAUGUAUGGAUAUAAUAAUGAUUCAAUAAGUAAUAUUGCUUUUAUUAUUGAUUGGUGUCGAAGAUUGGUUAUCUGUUGAUUAAUGGCCACUUGUAUCCUUCACUUAAUAUUUGUAUUGUUUCUUUUUAUCAAUUGAAAAUAACAUUUUUCUGUUUCUUUGGCUUGGUGCUGGGGAUUGAACCCAGGGCCUUGCAUAUGGUAAGUGCUCAACCACUGAACUAUACCUACAGUCAGAAAAAUGUUGUAAAUAAAGGCAUGAGCCCUGUUUAUUCCUAAAUGCAUACCUCAAAUUGUAACUCUGCAGUACACAUGAAAACUUUAGCCUACUGAAUAAGGAAUUAAGAUAACCAAAAAGUGUAGUGUGAGGAUUUGGAGAAUCACCAUGAAAACAUGUGCAGAGUCCCAAAUUUCAGAAGUAAUGGGUAAUGUGAUGCUAGGUUUUCUUCUUGUACUCUGGAAAAAUGAGGGGUCAGGUAUGCUGGAUCUUCCUAUCUGUGUUCUGUCAUUAAUCUGCCUUGGAUAAAUGACUAUUUUGGCUUAAACUAGGAUGUAUUGAUCAGGUUAUAGCUCUCACAGCCUAGUCAUUUUACAUUCUUGUGAGAAAACUCUUGGCUAUGAGCCCCUGUAAAUAUCAAAAAGAAGUUAACAUACAUCUAAUCUAUAAUAGGGUGAUAGGAAGAAGGGAGGGGCCAAAAGCAAUACCAAAACACAGCUUGCAAACACUUCCUAUAACUCUGCAUACUGCAUCUAGGACACAUGGCUGUGAGGUGUUAUUUCCAAAGCGGUGGGGAAGUCCUGUCCAUUUGACCUUGCUGGUUGUAGCUCACGUGGCCUUUCUUUUAAUCUGACACUCUCCACAGCCAACAGUUUUCCUUGGCAGACUGUCCACAUUACUGGCAUCCAUAAAUUCUCCAUUCCACCUUUGGCUUCAUCUUCACAUAUUCAUGCAUCACCCUCCCAGGGGCAGCCUGAAGAAACUCUAAUGCUGCUACACUUUGCCUGGCCUCCUAGGCUGCUUUCCUUUGAAAUCUUAUUGGAAGUCUUCAUGACCCCUUAAUUUGAGCAUCCUACAUUCCUGCAAAACAAGCACCACCUGGAUAAUGCCAAGGUCUGCUGCCAGCUUGCCAGUAUCUGGGUCCCCUGGAAUCAUAGCUGCAAGUGGCCUCAGAGUGCCUAUGUUGCUCAGCAUGGUGGAACAACUUCUUAGGCUUCCUUGUGCUAACAGGACACCUUGUAAUCUCUUCUCUAAGGAAUUUUCUCUUCUGUACCCUGAAGCCUGCAGUGGGUGUGGUCUUGUAAAUACCUGAGAAGCCCUCCAUUCUCUCUGUGCAAAAUACUUAGCAUCUUUUUAGGGAUUGUUAUCUCUUCAACAAGCACACCUUCCUUGGCCUCAGCUUUACAUGCACUUUUCUGGCCAAACUGCAAGUUUAAAAAAUAUUUUAGCUCUGCUUUUUUGCUUCCAAUUCUCACAGUAAUCCUGGUUAAAAGCUUAAGCAAUAUCCACUCCACUGAUGGAAAGCUGUGCUAUCUUGGUAUAUCUUCUGCCAGAUUAAUUAGUGUCUUACUUUUAGAUUCACCCACACACAAAAUCUGAGGACACAGGCAAAAUGUGGCCAGAUUAUUUGCCAGAAUGCAACAUGUGUGGUCUCAUUUCCCUCAGAAGCCUCAUAAACACAGUCUAUUCCUAUUGGUAUUCUGGUGUUCACCCAUAAUCUGUGCUCAUUAUUCUAAAGCUUCUAACCUACAUUUCCAAACCUUUCAAAAUUCCUCCUGCUAACCAGUUCAGAAAAAUGACCCCAUUCUCAGUACCAGUUUAUAAUUAGAGUUUUUAUCACAGUAACCAUAAUACCCAACAAGAACAGUUUAAAUGCGGAAGUUUAUUUGGGGCUCACAGUUUUGGAGAUCUCAGACCAUAGAGGUCCUACUCCAUUGCUCUGAAUUCAAGGUGAGGCAGCAUAUUAUGGAGAAUGCGCCCACCAGAGGAAAGCUGCUCAGCUCAUGGUGGGAUCAGAAAGCAGAGGGCAGGGAAGGAGCCAUGGGGAAGAUGUACCUUUCCAGGGCAUGCCCUUAGUGACUCACCUUCUCCAGCCAUAUUCCACCUGCCUAUAGUUACCUCAGUCCAUUUAAACUAGGAUUAGGAUACAUUAUCUCUCUCACAAUCCAUUCAUUUCACAUUCUUCCGUUGAUACAGAAACUUCCAAAGAAACAAUGCUAUUACUGUGACCAGAUCCCCCCCUAGAAUAAUUAAGGAAUUAAGAAUUUCUAAAUAUAUUUAGCUUUUUUCCUGCUUCUUUCCCACAUUCAACCUUGAGACUUUCUUUAUUUCGUGGAAUUGACUUUCAGACCCAGGAAUGGCUGAACAUUGAAGUCCAUUUUAAAUGUUGCUCUCAUUUUCUAAAUAUGGAUUUUGGAUUAAGGAAGUUAUAGGAAGUUACUCUUACCAGCUCUUAAUACUCUUUGGUCAUUUUUUGACAUCACACCUCCCUGUUUGGAGUUGUAGAGGGCUAAUGCAGAUAUUGGAGUGAAAGGGCAUCACAGCCAGAGGCUGGCCCUCAGAGUCUGCUUGUUCUUAUUUUAGACAGGGAAAAAAAUGGUCAGAUUUUAUAGAUUAGAGUCUGGUUGUGCAGGAUCUCCAAGAGUUAAAUUUGGGGAUACAGGAAAGACAGACUGAGUCUCAAAAGAGAAGCACCCAAGAACCAUUGGAAUGCAGGAAACAUCCAUGAGUAAUUGAAAUGCAAAACAAGCAUUCAUGAGCAAUAUGAAUAGCUAUGCCCUUGGCCUGAUCAUUUAACCUGUGCCCUUGCCUGCAAAAAGUAACAUGAAGGUGAUAAGCAAGUGCAGCAAAAACUGGCAGGAAAUUGUAUAACUCCUCCCUGGCUCACCCUCUAGCCCAGCUCCGAGCAAAUGUCCCUUUAUAAAUAUUAAUAACCCACACCAAGGGGUUGCUUUCUUUCCCUCUGGAGAUGGCCUUCGUUCUCCCUUGAAUGUGUAUUCCUUGCUUUACUCCCAAACCUUCUCACUCAAGAUGGCUGGCAUUCUCAGUUAAGUCUGUAUUUCUUCAUGUAUUCUGAUAAAUGUCUCUCCCUUGAGAUAAUCCACAUUCUCCUUUGAAUGUUUAUUUGCUUUCUUAAAUAAAUCAGUGGCUUUGACUGGUGUGUGCUGAACUUCUUUUCUUUUUUUUUGUCAUGUAUGCCUAUGACCCUACUUGUUCUGGGUUGAGGCCCCCCUCUUUGGGAAGUCCUUCCGUGACAUUCCUAUGACCAAGGUAAACAAAUAAUUAAGGAUGAUCAUCGUGGUGAGGCUGUGAGUUUAAGAGGGAGUGGAGUCUUUCUGGGCAUAUACUGAAAUCUGGGCCCUGCUCUUUACUCUUGCCAAUGGUAGUGUAGUCGCCCCAGAAGAGAUAGUCUUAUCCUAAACACCUAGAUUUCUGGGCACAUUGUAAUCACUGGAGCACUGAUUCAUAACUAAAGGUGACUCCUGUUCCUUCAGAAUGAGGUCAUUUGGAAUUGUCUGGAGAUAGUUUUCAUCAUCACAUUUGGAGGGGAGCUGCUAGCACUUGGUGAGUUGAGGGUAGGUAUGUUGUUUAGCAUUUUGCAAUGCACAGGAGGAUAGUAUCCAUCACAAAGAGUGGUCUGAUCCAAACUCUGUGUUUUGGGCAGCUUUUUCUCCAUUGUGACCAAAAGACCUGCGAAGAACAAUUUUAGUAAGAAAAGUUUAUUUGGCACUUAGUUUCAGAGUUCUUAGUCUAUAGAUGGCUGAUUUCCUUGCUCUGGGCCUGAGUUGAGGCAGAGGGUAUGAUGAAGGAAAGCAACUCAGGACAUGACAAUCAGGAGAAAGAGAGCUCUUCUCACCGAGGAUAAAAUAUAUACCCCAAAGGCACACCCCCAGUGACCCACCUCCUCUAGCCACAUCCUACCUGCCUAUAGGUACUGCUCAGUUAAUGUCUCUUCGUGGAUGAAUGCACUGAUUAAGUUAAGCUCUCAUAACUAUGAUUUCACCUGUAAAUUUUCUUGCAUUGUCUCACAUGAACUUUUGGAAGACAACUAAUAUCUAAACUAUAACACUGUGACUAGCGCAACAGUGGAGAACCCCAACCUUGGAGGAGGUUAACAAGAAGUUUGGGAUUCUUCCUGACUUCAGCGAGGCUUAGAUGAAGCUAGGAGCUUCUGGGCACCUCAUGAUUCCUCCAUAUGAUUCCUGUUUUGUAGGAAUGCUCAAGAACUGAAUUGAACAAGAUAAAACAGGAGGGUUAAUGAAAACAGUGAUCAUCUAGAAGCAGUGCAGCAGUUUAGAAGCAACAAAUAAGAAGGAAAAGACAAUAGAUGUACACGAGGCUGGCACCCUGACCUAAUAAGAAUCUGACAUCAAGUCAGAUAUUAGUCUGAUGUCAAGUGACUAUAAAAAGCAUGUCCAUAAAACUCUGUAGUCUGAAGCAAUAACCCAGAAACAUACUCAGAACAGUCAUCAGUGAUCAUGAUAAUUGCCAUGAGUGAAUUUUUUAAAGAUAAAUUUUGUUCCAUAUACUACUAGGAAGGCAAAUAUACAUUAGAAAGGUCCCUGCCUCUACAAAACAUUACAAGGCAUACUAAAAGACUAAAAACACAGUUUGAAGAAAUAGAUCUAGGAUUAGAACCACACGUAAAUGUAGCAGGGAUGUGAGAAUUAGUAAUGUAGGAAUUUCAAACCACUCUGAUUAUGUGGAAAAAUAUAAUGGGAAAAAUACAAAGGGCUCUAAUGGAAAAAUUCAGAUAACAGAUAAGUAAUAUAAGUAGAUGAGUGAAAACUUUAAGAAAAGAAUAAAUAUAGUAGAAAUAAAAUCACAGAAAUGAAGAAUGCCUUUGAUGGUCAUUAAAUUUGAAGGAGAAAUAAAGACUUCCCCUAAUGGGGGGGGUGGAAAGUUAAAAUGAUAAAAGUUUAGAGGAAAAGGAAAUGAUAUAGGUCAGAAACUUGUUCCACAUAAAGAGUAGUAGAGAAGGAAUAAGAGACAGGACUUCUUGAUUCUUUCCCUUGAGGUACUGGCACUAUGCCCACUACCCAGAACCCCAUCAACAAUGCUAAAUAAUAAAGACACAGAGUAUAAUGCAUUUUGACUAUAAAAAAAAUAAAUUAGAACUUUUUUUUUUUUUUGACACACACUCAGCAGUGGGAUACCAUAGUGGGCAUAGUGAGUUCUGUGGCUUAUUCAAGGAAGAAAUCUAUCCCAAAGACUGGGCAAAAUUGUAAAUUAGCAAUGAAAAUAUGAUGAAUGCUAUCUUCUCCUCUGCUUUAAGAUGUUAGUAGUGUAUCUUGUUGUGUCUUAUGUAAGAAGAUAUCUUGUAGUAUUGUGAUGCCAGUUUUCAAAUUAUUUUGAGAAUAAUCCUUCAAAAUUAUAAAGGAAUUAUUUCAAUUAUAAACAUUAUAAAUUCUUUAAAACCCCCAAAUUAUUGUAUUUUCACACUAAAAAAUGAGAAGACUACUAAAAAAUGAGAAGGUUUAAUUUACCUUAUUGAUAAAUAUUAAUUUCUAAAUCCCACAUAAACAAGAAGUCCUUUGGGGUUUCCUUCCUUUCUUUUUGAAAAUUUUUUGUUUUUAAACCAAAAAGCACAGCACAUGGCAGAGCAAAUGGCUUAUAAAUGGCCCAAGAAACAAAAAAGAGGAAGAUACUAGGGUCUCACAAUCCCCCUUUGAGGUUACGUCCUCAGUGCCCUAAGGUUCUCUCAUUGGACUGCAUCUUUUAAAGGUCCACAGCACCUCCUAGUAGCACCACUCUGAGGACCUAGCCUUUAUCACAUGGGAGUUUGGGGGACAUUUAACAUUCAAACUGUAGAAGAUGCUAGCCUGAACAUAAAAAUUGAAGACUUUGGUAUCAAUAGUCUGUUUACUUAUGCAAAAAAGCUUUUAUUUAUUUUUAUUGAUUCUUUUUUUUUUAAAUACGCGAUGACAGUGGAAUGCAUUACAAUCCUUAUUACACAUAUAGAGCACAAUUUUUCAUAUCUCUGUAUAUAAAGUAUGUUCACGUUAAUUUAUGCCAUUAUACGUGUACUUUUUUUUUGCAUUACAAUUCUUAAAACACAUAUAUACCACAAUUUUUCAUAUCUCUGUUUGUAUAUAAGGUAUAUUGACACCCAAUUCAAGUCUUCAUACAUGUACUUUGUAUAAUGAUGACUGUCACAUUCCACCAUCCUUGCUAAUCCCCUUCCCCCUCCCUUUCCCUCCUACCCCUCUUCCCUGUCUAGAAUUAAUCUAAUCCUCCCAUGCUCUCCCUUCCUACCCCACUAUGAGUCAGAGAAAACAUUGGCAUUUGUUUUUUUGGGAUUGGCUGACUUCACUUAGCAUUAUCUUCUCCAGCGCCAUCCAUUUACCUGCAAAUGUCAUGAUUUUGUUCUUUUUUAAUGCUGAGUAAUAUUCCAUUGUGUAUAAAUGCACGUUUUUUUUUUUUUUUUAUCCAUUCACCCACUGAAGGACAUCUUGGUUGGCUCCACAGUUUAGCUAUUGUGAGUUAUGCUGCUAUAAACAUUGAUGUGGCUGUGUCCCUGUAGUAUGCUGUUUUUAAGUCCUUUGGGUAUAGUCCGAGAAGAGGAAUAGCUUGGUCGAAUGAUGGUUCCAUUCCCAGAUUUCCAAGGAAUCUCCAUACUGCUUUCCAAAUUGGCUGUAUCAAUUUGCAGUCCCACCAGAAAUGUAUGAAGUGUCCUUUUCCCCCACAUCCUCGGCAGCACUUUUUGUUUGUCUUCAUAAGAGCUGCCAUUCUGACUGGAGUGAGAUGAUAUCUUAGAGUAAUUUUGAUUAGCAUUUCUCUGAUUGCUAGAGAUGAUGAGCAUUUUUUCAUAUAUUUGUUGAUUGAUUGACUAUCCUCUUCUGAGAACUGUCUGUUCAGGUCCUUGGCCCAUUUAUUGAUUGGGUUAGUUGUUUUUUUGGUGCUUAGCUUCUUGAGUUCUUUAUAUAUCCUAGAGAUUAGUGCUCUAUCUGAUGUGUGAGAAGUACAAAUUUGCUCCCAGAAUAUAGGCUCUCUGUUCACCUCACAGAUUGUUUCUUUUGCUGAGAAAAAAAAUCUUUUUAGUUUGAAUCCAUCCCAUUUAUUGAUUCUUGUUUUUAAUUCUUGUGCUAUAGGGGUCUUAUUAAGGAAGUCGGGGCCUAAUCCCACAUGAUGAAGAUUAGGGCCUACUUUUUCUUCUAUUAGACACAGAGUCUCUGGUUCAAUUCCUAGGUCCAUGAUCCAUUUUGAGUUAAGUUUUGUGCAUGGUGAGAGAUAGGAGUUCAAUUUCAUUUUGUUGCAUAUGGAUUUCUAAUUUUCUCAGCACCAUUUGUUGAAGAUGCUAUCUUUUCUCCAGUGCAUGUUUUUGGCACUUUUGUCUAAUAUAAGAUAAUUGUAAUUUUGUGGGUUAGUCUUUGUGUUCUCUGUUCUGUACCAUUGGUCUACUGGCCUGUUUUGGUGCCAAUGCCAUGCUGUAUUUGUUACUAUUGCUCUGUAGUAUAGUUUAAGGUCUGGCAUAGCGAAACUACCUGCUUCGCUCUUCCUGCUUAGAAUUGCUUUAGCUAUUCUGGGUCUCUUAUUUUUCUAGAUGAAUUUCAUGUUUGCUUUUUCUAUUUUUAUGAGGAAUGCCAUUGGGAUUUUGAUUGGAAUUGCAUUAAACCUGUAUAGUGCUUUUGGUAGUAUGGUCAUUUUGAUAAUAUUAAUUCUGCCAAUCCAUGAGCAAGGUAGAUCUUUCUAUCUUCUAUGGUCUUUGAAUUCUCUCUUUAGGGUUCUGUAGUUUUCAUUGUAUAGAUCUUUCACCUCUUUUGUUAGUUGAUUCCCAAAUAUCUUAUUUUUUUGAGGAUAUUGUGAAUGGGGUAGUUUUCCUCAUUUCCUUCUCAGAGGAUUUGUCACUGAUAUACAGAAAUGCCUUUGAUUUAUGGGUGUUGAUUUUGUAUCCUGCUACUUUGCUGAAUUCAUUUACUAGUUCUAGACGUUUUUUGGUGGCGUUUUUUGGGUCUUCUAGGUAUAGAAUCAUAUCGUCAGCAAAUAAUUCUAGUUUAAGUUCUUCUUUUCCUAUACUUAUUCCUUUAAUUUCUUUUGUCUGUCUAAUUGCUCUGGCCAGUGUUUCAAGAACUAUGUUGAAUAGAAGUGGUGGAAGAGGGCAUCCCUGUCUUGUUGCAGAUUUUAGAGGGAAUGCCUUCAAUUUUUCUCCCUUUAGAAUGAUGUUGGCCCGAGGCUUAGCAUAGAUAGCCUUUACAGUAUGGAGAUAUGUUCCUGUUAUCCCUAGUUUUUCUAGUGUUUUGAACAUAAAGGGGUGCUGUAUUUUGUCAAAUGCUUUUUCUGCAUCUAUUGAGAUGAUAAUAUGAUUUUUAUCUUUAAGUCUAUUGAUGUGAUGAAUUACAUUUAUUGAUUAAAUCACCGAAUGUUGAACCAACCUUACAUCCCUGGGAUGAAUCCCACUUUAUUAUGGUGCACAAUCUUUUUGAUAUGCUUUUGUAUUCGAUUUGCCAGAAUUUUAUUGAGGAUUUUUGCAUCUAUGUUCAUUAGAGAUAUUGGUCUGAAGUUUUCUUUCUUUGAAGUGUCUUUGUCUGGUUUUGGAAUCAGUGUGAUAUUGGCCUUAUAGAAUGAGUUUGGAAGUACUCCCUCUUUUUCUAUUUCCUGAAAUAAAUUGAAGAGUAUUGGUAUUAGUUCUUGCAAACAAGCUUUUAUGGCAGCCCUCUUUAUGCUACUCCAGAAUUAUUAAAGGUCCAAAAGUACAAUGGCUUUAUGGUAGAUGUGGAGAGCCUAGGAGUCAUCACUGGAUACUGCCUUUUAAUGGGUAGAACAUUGCAUAAACAGGUGUAAGAGGAUUACUUUUUAUGUGUCUGUGGAAUUCCUAAUCUUUAACACCAGUGAGAGAGGCACUUUAUUUAUUUGGUUCUGGAGUUUGAAUCUAGGGUGCUUUAUCACUGAGAUACAUCAUUAAUGUUUUUAUUUUUUGUGCUAUGGUCUCCACUAAGUUGCCAGGGCUGUCCUUGAACUUGUACUUUUCUGCUUCAGCCUCCUGAGUUGCUAGGAUUCCAGGCAUGCUCUAUCAUGCCCAGCUCGAGAGAUGCACUUUAGGGGAAAUCCUGAGGGACCUAUGGGCAAAUAUGGGCCAUAAAGUAGAACUAAAGCUUUACAUCAAUUCACUUCCUGACUACCAUGACCUCCAGCCUGACUGAGUUGAUGCUGUGCAUGGGCUAUGAAUGGAAUGAGAUUCAGGACUCAUUUGUGGGCCAGGAAUAAGAUGAAGCCGGCUGUCAACUUUGGGACUGUGACACCUCAGCUGGAGUGGCCCACCACACCAUGAAGCAACUGCCUUCUGCUGAUCUUCAAAAUUACUGCUGUCCUUCUUUACAUUCAAGGUAGACCGUACAGUCUCUGUAGCCCUAAGCAACAAGCCUGCCAUCCCUACCUUUAUUUGGUUCUAUAAUAGGAAAUUAGCAUCUUUGGGAGGACUGGGAGUUAGGGUGGGAGGUCAACACCACAGACUUCCUGAUAGUCCCUUCUUUGAUCUAGAGAUGAAGACUACCCAACCCCAGCAGUCUCCCAGCCCUGUGAUUGUCCCUUCCACUCAUAGCACCCUCAGCAGUGUUGGAGCCUCUGGUAAUACCAGUUGUGCUCAAGGUUUAUCUUUCAAAAGAAACCUCUUCCCUGCUGGACAACUCUGAUCAGGACCAGUAGAACUUUCUGGAAGGUAUGCCUCUAACUUUUUCCUCUCACAGCAAUGACUAGCAGGGGGCCACCUUCAUCCACAGACACUUUAGUAGUGAAGAAAAGCUCAAUAGGUUUGGUAUAUAAAGAUUCAUUAUUUCAUUAUUUCCUAAGGGUAAAGAGCACUAUAAACUUCAGGAGAUGUUUAUAAGGACAAAGGGCUAAUAUUCUUAUGAGAGACCUUAAACAUCAACAAACAUAAGCUUCAUAAAAAGAGGCGAAGACCAUGAAGGUAGAAUUCGCGCACUUAAAAUGCAGAAUGAACCCAUUUAUUUUACCCAUGACAUUACUGUAUAUAAAAUGAAUUGUGCUGAUGGGAGGUUGUGUUGUUAGAGCUUUCUACAUGCCAGUUUGGUGGUAGUCAAAUUUUAAAUGUGUAUCUUUAGUUCUCUUUGAAUUUAAUGCAAGGAAAUAGUUGGGAAAAUGGACAAAAAUAUUUUGUACAAAAAUGUUCAUUGUUUUGUGUUAUUGUAGGAAAAAAAUUGAAAAUCAUCUAAAUGUCAGUUGUAGAAUAAGUGAUCAUAUAAUAAAAAACCAAGUAGCCAUGAAAAUGACGUAAAUUUGUGUUUUAACAACAUGGAAGUAUGCCCAUUAUCUAUUUACGUGUAAAAAUCAGGUUGUAAUGUGUAUGUCUAGUAUGGUAUAAUUUUUUUUUUUUUUUUUUUUUUUUAAUAAGAGAACACAAUGUGUGUCCUGAUUUGAAGAAGACAGUACUGGGUAUAAGCCAAAAAAGAUCAAAAAGGGCCUAGUUAUGAGUGAUGCUUUUAAUUCUCCUCAUACUAUAUAGAAUUUUCAUUAAGUUUAUGCAAUGGAAAACUAUCCUUUUUAUACCCAGAGUGGGAACAGUGAAGUUUUUUUGUAAGAGAGGCAGUAGAAGACAGGUGAGAACUGCCAGGGAGGCCCCCUUUGGUAGCUCUACACCAAAGGGGCCUGUAGGUAGGCGGAACCCAGUGCAUGCUCUGCUAGAGGCAGGAGGGAGGGCGGGCAAGUGGGUGCACCUGGGGAACCGGAAAAGGGUGCAGCCGUAGGCGUCUCUCUUUGGAAAGCGCAGUGGCUACUCUCUUCACCCGGCAGCAUGAAGUUUCGUGCCAAGAUCACCAACAAGGGCUUUAUAGAGCUCUUCAUUCAGGUCAGUGGCACCAUAGCAAAGCUGGCAAAGGUCUGCGUGCUCCGUGUGUGCCAAGACAAACUGUGCUUUGGUCCUACAGGCCCCAGGGCCACCCGAGAGGCCAGGCUGUGGUGCAAAGUGAUGCGGGGAGCCUCCUUCUACCAGUUUAACAUGGAAGGUGUUUCUGAAGAGCUCAAUGAGAUUUAUCUAGAGCUGAUAUCAGAGCAUUUGUACAGAGCUGUGAGAAGUGCAGGAAAUGCUGCCUCCCUGAAAAUCCAGCUGACCAACAAGCGUCGCCCCUGCCUCACAGUGGCGGUAGAGCUGGCAUCACGCACUGGGCACACCCAUGUGAUGGUCCAUGAUCUACCUGUGAGGGUGCUUCCCAGAAGAUGGUGGAAAGAGUACCCAGAGCCCAGUAUUCAAGUCUCUGAUGUGAGUGUUUAUCUGCCAGCUUUGAAGACCCUGAAGAGCAUUGUGGAAAGGAUGGCCAACAUGGGCGAUAACGUGCUGGUGGAAGCAAAUCUAAAUGGUAAAAUGAACUUGAGUAUAGAAACUGAUGUAGUAUCUAUUAAAAGUUAUUUUAAAAAUCUUGGAAAUCCUUUAAAGUCUGCUCAUAGCGUGCCCCAAGACAGAGACCCGGAGAGCAUGGUGCAAGUGCGGGUAGAGAAUAGGAAACUUCUGCAGUUUUUUGAGGGACAGCAGAUAAAUCCCACAACGGCCUUAUGCAAUAUUUUGAGCAAUACUCUUCUUCAUCUUGUUUUGGUUCAUGAAGAUGUCUCUCUUCAGUAUUUCAUUCCUGCCUUAUAAAAAAUUCAACCAGCCUGGAUUAAAAACAACAACAAAAUCACAAAAUUUAGGAUCUCUUCAUAAUUGAAAUAGACCUUGAGUUAAUUCAAUUGAGUCUGUACCCUCAGUGGAUUAUGAGGGUAUAUGUUUCAUUGAGAGCUUCCUUUGCAAAAUUGAUAUUAAAGACAAUCAUUGGUGAAAUAGAUGGAAAAGGGAUUGUAACAAAAUAAAUGGAAAUACCUCUAAAUCCUAAAACAAUUUUGUCAUUAUUAUAAAAUACUAAUAUGAAGAAUGGUAUUUUUCUCUUUUUAAAAUAAAAUAAACAUUUUCUGAAAGACUUUGCUUAAUCCAGAGAAGUCAGUAUAUUUAAAAAUAAGGGUAUUCAUCCAGCAUUUGUGUACAUCACGUUCUUUGUAAGAAACUGUAUUUUGUUAAAGGAGAUAUUAGUGUACAGUUGGCCCUUGAAUGGUAACUGUGUGGGUCCACUUAUAUGCAGAUUUUUUUUGUGUGUAGAUUUGCAGCAAUUUGAAAAAUUCAUAGAGGAGGUGCUUAGCCUAGAAAUAUAUUAAAAAAUGAGGAAGAAAAUGUCACAAAUACAUAAAAUAUAUGUAGAUAAGUCUUUUAUCUUUUAGCACCAUAAAAUAUCCAUGAAUCUAUUAGUUACAAUGAAUGAAAACUUACACGCAUAAAUACCAUACAUGGUCCCAUUUGUAGUUGAUAGAAAUAUAAAGCUGAAGUAUUACAACUGUAUAAAAUCAACUCUAGUAUAUUUUGUAUUACUGUAAAUUUCAUUUUAAUCUCCUUUUUCUAUUGGGAAGCUCAGAGUUAUACACAGAUUUUGUAGGGGUUGGCGCUCAUCAGGGGUUGGCACUAAUAACCCCCAUAUUGGUUAAAUAGUCAACUGUAUGUUAUUUUUGGAUGUAUGAUCUAUAUAGUUUGAAUUGCUUUUUAUUAGGUUUAUUUUUCAUAUGUAUUGUAUUCAUAUAAUGAAUCAAGGAAAUAGUUAAGUUUAUGUGAACCAAGAUGUUGCUUAUAUAACUUUUGGAUAAACCAAGUUUCCAUUUGCUCCCCCAUAGUAAUGAGCUCCACUUAGGAAAUAAUUCUUCAUCCUUCAUUAUUUUGAGAAAAAGGAGAGGAGAUUUAAAAGGUUGGUAUAUUGAUGGAAUAAUAUCACAUAAUUGGUCAUAUUCUUUUAUAUUAAAUUUUAGUUUAAUUUUUUUAGUAGCUUGCUCAGUAAGAUCCUGUGUACCUUGGAAGUCUUUAUUUUUGCAUACUCAGUAAAUUCCUGACUAUAUUUUAAUCAGAAAUGAAUAUUUACACAUUAGUUUUGGUGGUAAGACAGUUAAAUUUGUUUUGCUGGUUCCAUCUGUGUUGUUAUGGAAGGAACACAAACAUUGGACCUAGUCAAGUCAAUUGAGCCCAUUAAUGUCUAAGCUGUGAAAAAAUUGUUAAAAAGCCACUAAAAAAAUCCUCUUCUCUUAUCAGAAUUUUCAUAUACUUUAAACAUGAAAGUGAAAAACAAAUGUUUUAACAUAGAAAAUUCUAAGCUCUGAAGUUUUUUUUUCUGUUCUGUACCAUAAACAGGACUUGCAUUUAUUUGUGGCAUCUCUUCUUUCUUUUCUUGUUUUGGAGUGUUCAAGCUUUAGUUGUCAUCUUUUAUUUGACUGUUUCAUCCUCUCUCCCCUCUGUUUUUCCAUUAGACUGUCAGUCUCUCUUUCUGUUUCUUCCUUUUUAUGUAUUUAAAGAAACUGAGGGAAAUGAGAAAUCUCAUGGUUUGUGAAGUUUAAUUUGGUGAAUUUUUAUAAUUUAGUAAUUCAUGAACAGAAAGUGUCUGUCAAAAGUUUUAUAGCCUAGUCUAUGCAGUGGAACUUUUGAAAAAGGGAAGGAUAAGUUUUUUUUCAACUUGGGUUAUUUACUAAGCUAGAGAUAAUUUGGUUAUUUACUAAGCUAGAUUAUGGAAAUAGCAAAAGGCCAUCUAAAUAGCUCUUGAAAGUUCACAUCAUUCUAAUGGUAGUCAAAAAAUUUUAUAAAUUAUAAAUUUAAAAUAACAAUGUUCUUAUAGGUUUUUAAUUUGUGAAAAGCUAAGAAGGGUUCAUUUCCAUAUAUAUACAUUAGUUAUUGAGUUUAAAUGCUUAAUUCUAUAAGACUCUAUUAGAAACAGAAACCGAAAGAUGCCUUAGAGAUGAUAUCAUCCAAUCACCUUAUUUGUAGUUGAGGAAACAGUUUCACAGAACAUCUAAGUGACCAGGGGCGUUUGGCUAAGCCAAGAUCUAUUUUAGAAACCAGUCUCCAAACUCUUCAUAGAUCUUUAUGUUUUGAGCUUAUUCUAUCAAGCCUUAAACAGUUUGGAAGUACUUAUAUUAAGAUGAAUCUAUAGUACUUUGUGAAUGUACCACUUACCUAAAAAGGCAAAAUUACAUUAAAACAAUCUCAAAUGUUUUUUGAAGAGUGUUGCCAUAUUGCUUUUGUUUGAUGGUGUCUUUGUUUUUUCAGGGAGGAAUGAAAUUAUUUGCCACAAAAUGAUACUUCUAGGUGGGUGCAGUGGUGCACGCAUGUAAUCUCAGUGGCUUGGGAAGCUGAGGCAGGAGGAUUGCAAGUUCAAAGCCAGCCUCAGCAACUUCGUGAGGCCUUAAGCAAUUUAGGGAGACCCUAUCUCAAAAAAUAAAAUGGGUGGGGGAUGUGGCUCAGUGGUUAAGCACCUCUGGGUCCAAUCCCUGGUACCAAAAGAGAGAGUAAAAGAUACUUAUACAGAAAACAAGUCUCAUAUUAAAAAAAAAAAAAAAAAACCCAAGGCAUCAGGUUUAUAAAUUAUUUCAGCUUCUCUCAUUUGUAUCUUUCAGGGAGACACUACUACUGAGAAGCAAGGAAACACUGUGUCUUUUAUGUUUCACUCUUAUCUACAGAAAAUAAAUCAUUGACAAAAUGUAUUAAAGUUCUUCUUUAUAUCCCAAAGUGGACAUCUCAAUAUAAAUAUUAUUGUCCUAGUAGAUAUCAUUUGCUAAAAGCUGUAGUAAGCUUAUCUACAUAACAGACUUGUAUUUCUUUUAAUCGUUCUUGAGUGUAUGUUUAGUAUAUGAAUAGGUUACCAAUAUCAAAAGAAAUCAGACAAGUGUCUGUUAGCUGAUUCAUUCCUAUAAGGAUGCUCCUAGUUCUGUUUAUUCCAAUUCAGGUCAGACAGUUGAAAAAUACUUGGUAAAUUAACAUGAUUCUCUUAUGAGAGCAAUAACAAAUUAUUUAUUUGUGAUUUUAAUAAAAACAUUACAUUUAAUAAAAACAUUACCUCGAGUGUAGUAUAUUUUUAACUGGAAGAGUGUUGAGAAAUCUCUAUUAUUAAUUCCACAAAUAAAAGUGCAUACUUCGGCAGGCAGUGGCUACAACAGUAUAAAAAAGCAUAUUCUUGUAUUUCUAAAUUAAAUAGCUUACUGGUCUUCCUUAAAGUGUGAUUUGUCCUUGGUUAAGGAAAUAGGUGGUAAGGAAAUAGAUAUUAUUUUUGCAUAUGAACAGCUAGAUUUUUACCUGCCUCCUGGUUUGUGUGUCUGGUAUAGACCUAUACUCUUCAAAGUAGAUCACACUUUUUGAAUCGUCACUCUCAGACAUUAUUAUCAUCAUCAUUAUUAUUUUCCCAGGUAUUACUUUAUUUUAUUUGGAUAAACUUUGAGGGUAAAGUAGUUAGGAAUAUGACCCUUGAUAAAUGACUGCAAAUGGAUUUUGAAAAUUGAGAGUGAAUUAGAAAUGCUCUGUUAGUUUUUAGUUUUGCCUUGAGACCAGAGGUAUUCUAAUUUCACAUCAGAAUGAGCCAGAGCCACAGAUUACUGAGAAACAGCCAAAGUUCUUAUCUCAUUUGUCAUAUAUACAAAGGACCUCAUGGUACACAAGGUAGUAUAGAAGAGUGAUAUUAGACUCUUUGAAUCAGGAAACCAAGGUCUGUUUUAAAGCUAAUAAAGUGUGUGACUUUGUAAAGGUCAUUUGACAUCUCUGAGUUACAUUUUCUUCAGAUGACAAGACUAAAUAUUAAUUGGAUCAAGUCUCUUUCGACUCUGAUUGUGUGCAUACUAGCCUAUACUCUUCUGUUAAUCAAAACUGUCAUUUUCAAAGAUUGUUGUUAGUCUGAUAUUUCUAGUAAUCACUAGUAAUCAUCUUUUCUAUAAUAUUAAUGUCACUGGAAAUUAUUGAUAGUUGUCAUACUACUGUUUCUCUGGAAACAAGGGGAACAGAGAAUUUCUAUUUGAAAAUUUGGUUCUUUAUAUGGAUUUCCAGUUUUCCCAGCACCAUUUGUUGAAGAUGCUAUCCUCCCUCCAUUGCAUGCUUUUAGCUUCUUUAUCAAAUAUAAGAUAGUUGUAGCUUUGUGGAUUAGUCUCUGUGUCCUCUAUUCUGUACCAUUGGUCCACCCUCCUGUUUUGGUACCAGUACCAUGCUGUUUUUGUUACUGUUGCUCUGUAAUAUAGUUUUAAGUCUGGUAUUGCUAUACCGCCUGAUUCGCACUUCCUGCUUAGAAUUGCUCUUGCUAUUCUGGGUCUUUUAUUUUUCCAUAUGAAUUUCAUGAUUGCUUUAUCCAUUUCUACAAGAAAUGCCGUUGGGAUUUUGAUUGGCAUUGCAUUAAACCUAUAGAGAACUUUUGGUAAUAUCGCCAUUUUGAUGAUGUUAGUUCUGCCUAUCCAUGAACAGGGUAUAUUUUUCCAUCUUCUAAGAUCUUCUUCUACUUCUGUUUUUAGGGUUUUGUAGUUUUCAUUGUAUAAAUCUUUCACCUCUUUUGUUAGGUUGAUUCCCAAGUAUUUUAUUUUUUUUGAGGAUAUUGCGAAUGGAGUGUUUUUCCUCAUUUCCGUUUCAGAAGUUUUGUCGCUGAUAUACAGAAAUGCCUUUGAUUUAUGCGUGUUGAUUUUAUAUCCUGCCACUUUGCUGAAUCCCCUCCUCUCGCCAUGCACAAAAGUUAACUCAAAGUGGAUCAAGGAGCUAGAUAUCAAAUCAGAGACUCUGCGUCUGAUAGAAGAAAAAGUUGGCGCCGAUCUACAUAUUGUAGGGUCGGGCUCCAAAUUCCUUAAUAGGACACCCAUAGCACAAAAGUUGAUAACAAGAAUCAACAAAUGGGACUUACUUAAACUGAAAAGUUUUCUCUCAGCAAGAGAAACAAUAAGAGAGGUAAAUAGGGAGCCUACAUCAUGGGAACAAAUUUUUACUCCUCACACUUCAGAUAGAACCCUAAUAUCCAGAGUAUACAAAGAACUCAAAAAAUUAAACAAUAAGAAAACAAAUAACCCAAUCAACAAAUGGGCCAAAGACCUGAACAGACACUUCUCAGAGGAGGACAUACAAUCAAUCAACAAGUACAUGAAAAAAUGCUCACCAUCUCUAGCAGUCAGAGAAAUGCAAAUCAAAACCACCCUAAGAUACCAUCUCACUCCAGUAAGAUUGGCAGUCAUUAUGAAGUCAAACAACAACAAGUGCUGGCGAGGAUGUGGGGAAAAGGGUACUCUUGUACAUUGCUGGUGGGACUGCAAACUGGUGCGGCCAAUCUGGAAAGCAGUAUGGAGAUUCCUGGGAAAGCUGGAAAUGGAACCACCAUUUGACCCAGCUAUUGCCCUUCUUGGACUAUUCCCUGAAGACCUUAAAAGAGCAUACUACAGGGAUACUGCUACAUCGAUGUUCAUAGCAGCACAAUUCACAAUUGCUAGACUGUGGAACCAACCCAGAUGCCCUUCAAUAGAUGAAUGGAUAAAAAAAAUGUGGCAUUUAUACACCAUGGAGUAUUACGCAGCAUUAAAAAAUGACAAAAUCAUAGAAUUUGCAGGGAAAUGGAUGGCACUAGAGCAGAUUAUGCUUAGUGAAGCUAGCCAAUCCCUAAAAAACAAAUACCAAAUGUCUUCUUUGAUAUAAUGAGAGCAACUAAGAACAGAGCAGGGAGGAAGAGCAGGAAGAAAAGAUUAACAUUAAACAGAUACAUGAGGUGGGAUGGAAAGGGAGAGAAAAGGGAAAUUGCAUGGUAAUGGAGGAAGUCCCUCAUUGUUAUACAAAAUUACAUAUAAGAGGUUGUGAGGGGAAUGGGAAAAUAAACAAGGAGAGAAAUGAAUUACAGUGGAUGGGGUAGAGAGAGAAGAUGGGAGGGGAGGGAGGGGGGAUAGUAGAGGAU